CCAGGGCUUCUCCUGCUGCCCCUGUCACAGGUUUCCUGCAGCGGCUGCCAUGGGCUCUGUGCUUUCCUUCCCUGCUGCCAACACCACCUCGAGGCAGAGGAGGAAGGCUGAGGAGGAGGAGGAGGACUUGCUCGAUAGCCGGGACCGCAAGGAGGACAUUGCCAAGUUCCCCUAUGUGGAGUUCACGGGUCAGGACAGCAUCACCUGCCCCACGUGCCAGGGCACCGGCUGCAUCCCCACACAGCAGGUAAAUGAGCUGGUGGCUCUGAUACCCUACAGCGACCAGCGGCUCCGUCCCCAAAGAAGUAAGAAGCUCUAUGUCCUGCUGUCCGUGCUGCUCUGCCUCCUCAUCUCGGGGCUGGUGGUUUUCUUCUUCUUCCCACACUCCAUCCUGGUGGAUGACGACGGGAUCAAAGUGGUUCAGGUCUGGUUCGACAAGAAGAACUCCGUCGUCAUUCUCGCCAUCACGGCCACCUUACGCAUCAGGAACUCCAACUUCUACUCGGUGACAGUGACCAGCCUCACUACUCAGGUGCAGUACAUGAACACCGUGGUGGGGACCCAGCAGGUCAGCAACGUCUCCAGCAUCCAGCCGCUGAGUGACAAACUGGUGAAUUUCACUGUGAAGGCAGAGCUGGGUGGUUCCUUCUCCUAUGUGUAUUUCUCUUGCACGUUUCCCAAGGCCAAGGUGCACAACAUCUUGAUCUUCAUGAGGACGUGGGUGAAGCUCUCGUACAUCGGGCACGUGUCGCAGAGCACUCUGGAGCGGUACCGCUACGUCGACUGCAGCACCAACUUCACCGCCAGCCAGGACCUGCUCCUGCUGCCCCCCUCCGCCUGAGGCCCGGCGGAUGCAGCCUGGGGUGGAUGCUGGUGCACAUGGAUUUCUAGAAGGGACCAGGAGCUUCCCAAUGGAAGCAGAGGGAUCACGAUCACACGUGACUUUGGU